UGCAUGCGCAAAGUCAACCAAGCUAGCCAUGCCAUGGCCCAAGCUGUGGUCAUCCUCGACAAAGGAUGAACCUGAGAACCAGAAGUCCCUCGCUGAGAAAGCCACAGAUUCGUCGGGCUCCGGCGCAGCUGGACCCAUUCGGCAACAACCUGCCAAAUCCGUCUCUUCGCAAUGGAGAGUCUUCACUCAACCCGAAACGAUCCUUGCUGCAGCUGUACUGACGACAGCAUCCGUCGGCGCCUACAAAUUCUACAAGUCUUAUCUCCGCAGAAUACCACAAGCGAUCAACAUCAGUCCCGGGUUCCUUCGCCGAAGGAGCAUUGUAGGUCAAGUCACGAGCGUGGGAGAUGGAGAUAACUUCCGAAUGUAUCAUACCCCUGGGGGAAGACUGGCUGGUUGGGGCUGGUUCCCAGGGCGGAAAGUGCCGGCGAACAAGAAGGAUUUGAAGGACCAAACGAUACACGUCCGUCUUGCAGGGAUCGACGCCCCCGAACUUGCUCAUUUUGGACGCCCUGCACAACCUUAUGCGCAAGAGGCGCUUGAUUGGCUCACUGCAUACAUCAUGGGUAGGCGCGUUCGGACCUAUGUCUACAAGGCAGACCAGUACAGCAGAGUGGUGGGCACUGUCUACGUGUGGAAAGGCCUCGUGCGGCGCGACGUCAGCCUCCAAAUGCUUCGAGCUGGGUUUGCUACGAUCUACGAAGCGAAGUCGGGUGUUGAGUUUGGUAGGGCAAAGGAAGAGAGGUACAGAAGGGCGGAAUGGUGGGCGAAGACCAGGAGAAAAGGCAUGUGGGCUGGGGACAGGAAAAACUACGAAAGUCCACGAGAGUACAAGACGCGGUAUGGCGUUGGAGCUCCUCAAGAUGACACGAAACAAUGAUAAGAGGACGAAACUGUGUCUGGCUUGGAGCGCGGCGCUUGGGCUUGGGAUGUGUAUCAACAUGUUCAGAAACAAUCUGUGGCAGUCAACCCGGCCUCGCUUUUGCUUGCGCCUCCCAUAGCCUGUCUGUUUUGUAAGGCUGAGAUGGCAUCACGUGACAGAGCCUGGUUGAUCUCGGCCUUGAACCUGUCCUCAAUCUUUCCUUCAUUUUGUC